AUGUUUAGUGACAUUGAGUUUGUACAAGAAAAACAUAUAAAGUAUUUAAACUCGUACACAAGUAUAUCUAAUGCAGAAGAAUUUAUAUUUAAUGAAACCCUUAAAAUGUGUGGAGUGUUUUAUUUCCUUUGUUCUUGUAAAAUAUUAUCUCAUAAAAUCGAUAAAAAAGAAGAGUUUAUUAAUUUUAUUUUAAGGUGUCAAAAUAUAGAUGGUGGUUUUGGUAAUAACGUAAAUUACGACUCGCAUAUUGUGUCAACACACCAUGCAAUAUUAUCUCUUCUUUUACUAAACUAUUCAUUUGAUAACUUCAAUAUCUACAUGCAAAGUGGGAAAGCCAACAUAAAUAAUGGAAAUAAUAAUGACACUUGUAAUGGUACUAAUUACCGAGUGAAUGAAACUAACGCCCUCGACAGGCUUGUUAACGGGGCCAGUACCAGCAAGGCUGAUAUUUAUUUCGAACCUGAAAUUAAGGGGAACAACUACAGUAAUAGCUACCGAAGUAGUAACAGCUGUAACAGCCAAGCAACCAAGGAAAAAAGCAUACGAGAAAAUGCGUGUAACUAUAUUUUAACCCUACUAAAUGAAGACGGUUCGUUUAAGGGUGACAAAUGGGGAGAAGUUGACACACGUUUUGUUUACAGUGCUGUUAGCUGCUUAACCAUACUAAAUAAAUUAAACCUAGUUUCAACUGAAAAAAUAUCAUCCUAUGUAUUAACUAAUUAUGCUAUUUGCGAAAAUGGUUUUUCAUGGACAAGUGGAAAUGAACCACAUGCAGCUAGUGUUUUUUGCUGUGUAGCUACAUUAUUUCUAAUUCAGAAAUUAUAUUUAGUUAAUGAAAAAAAGCUAGCUGACUGGUUAAGUCUUAGACAAACAAAUAAUGGCGGGUUUAAUGGAAGAGCUGAAAAAUUAACCGACACCUGUUAUGCAUGGUGGAUAUUCUCCUCUUUAAUUAUUUUAAAAAAAUAUAAAUGGGUUAAUAAAAAUGCUUUAAAAAAUUAUAUUCUUCUUUGUCAAGAUUUAAAUAACGGUGGGAUUAGCGAUAACCCUGAUUGUCUUCCAGAUAUAUGUCAUACAUUUUUUGGGUUAGCAGCCUUAAGUUUGAUAGAUAAUCUGAACGAGUCAGAUAAAAUAUUACAUUUGAAGCAAAUGAGCCCAGUUUACGCAAUUCCUCUUCAAACGGUCAAAAAAAGAAAACUGCCUCAUUAUGACAUAGAUAUUUUCUGA